AUGCAGAAUAUCAUCAGGCCCGAUAAUAGAUAUGACCCAGAUAAGUCGUUUGCAUCUGCAGGCGGAGAUGGCAAUAUUUAUGAUGGAUGGAAUCUGGAUUUAUUCUACCAUUUGCACUCGCUUCCUCGAUCCGGGAAACAAUACGCUAUCGGGUUGCUGGAAAAAGCCAAGUGUGCGCCUGCUGGCACACCAAUGCCUGUGUUACACUAUUUACGCUCAGUAUUUUCAGACGAGUUACGCCCAGCAGUAUGUGGAGACGGGGCACUUGAGCAACUUGGCGAUGGCGCUCGCAGUGCCAUGGGGGGCCCAUAUGCUCCAAUGCUCACACCUCCAAUGAACUAUGAUUGUCCAUAUGGCGAAAAGGUAGGCUGUUGGCGGGAGUGCCGCUGGGGACCUUUGGUUGCAAGUGCCUGUAAUUCAGGCAUGGAGACUCGGAAUGUUUUUUUGCACUACUGCGGAAACGGUAUUGUAGAGCUAACAGCACCACAUGCAGGGCUUUCACACGGAUAUGGUCGUCGCUAUACAAGUCUGAUGCCCCAUGCUCUCAUCUGUGGUUACGAGGAUCCGUUUAUGACGGUUCCGAUCUUCUGUAACUGGGGCCACACCCACCCAGGACAUUACUAUUUCUUCAUGGAGGGCACCAGUGAACAAUGCGAUUUGGGUUCUGAAAUGAACGGAAAACCUGGAAGCGGCUGCACAAAGGACUGCAAGCUCCACUGUGUGCAUGGAAAUCCGAACUACGAAAAAUGGCCGGAACUGCCCUGCAUUCAGCCAUGCUUGAAGCCAGGAUUUGAAGGGUUUUAUUGCGAUAAGCCUCGGUGUCAGAACGGCGUCGUUAAUUGGGAAGAUGGAACAUGCAUUUCGUGUGAUUCCAGGCAAUAUUCACUGCCAUACUGCGAAGGUAGCGAAUUCAUUUGCGGGGGACAUGGCAAGAUCUUGCCAAAUGGCCAUGGUUGCAAGUGUGAUCCUGGAUGGAUGGGCUCAAAAUGUGAGAGAUCCACGUGUAUGCAGUGGCCGAUGAUGUGGGAACAACAGGGAGGUGAUAUUGACCCCAGGUGGUGCGCUCAAUGCGAGCCUGGAUGGGGAGGACCCUACUGUUUGCAAAGCACCUGUCAACAUGGUGUACCCUCUCCAACAAAUGAUGGAUGCAUUUGCUACCACGAAAUCUUUGGAGGAAAUCUUUGCCAGGAGACUGGUUGUAUCCAGCCGGUGCUCUUAGGAAAAGAUGACACAAUCAUCCCGAUCACAGAACCCCUGAAUGGAGGUAAGGAUGCAUAUCUGAGUGCUGCCUGCUAUGGGACACUUUGCAUGCCGGGACGUACAGGCGAGCACUGUUCUGUUCAAAUUGAGGCAACUGGCGAAGAACUCCAAUAUAAAAGAGCGAGACCAACAUCAUGCAAUGAACAGGCUGGAGAAACCGAUACCGCCUCUAAAGACGGCAUAUGCAUUGAUCCUUGCUGGCGAGAUCCGCUAUUUUUUGGGAAAGACUGUUUUGAAAGCAAUGGGCUCUUCAUGGAUGUUGGAGAGCUUGAUGACGAUGAUCAAUCGAUGUCUAUAGUUUCGGAGGGCCAAAUAUGGGCGCAGGCUUGUAAGCGCGGCUGGACCGGUCCCAUCUGCCAGAGAUCUCGUUGCCCUGUUUCAGCUGAUACCUCAGAGAUUGGGUGUAAGGGCAGAUGCCCUCCAGGCUUCUUGGGCAACUUUUGCGAAAUACCUAUGUGCGUUACACCGGAAAAAAAGGACAGUCCCCUUCUUAGUGCCCAUGAUGAGGAUGAUCAUUUGACUAGCUCUAGCUCAUGGUGGUCAGGCAUCAAAACACUAUUCAACAAAGAUGUCAGCGCAUGCACUGAUGGUUGUAAUGCUGAUGCACUUCCUCUGAUGACACUUGAAGAGCUUGGAAAAUGGUGCGGUUCUUCGCUUGCAGCCUCUUGCUCCAUCAAUAGCAUAGGAGCGACCACGAAAGAUGGGUGCAAAGCAUGCCGCAAGGGCUUCUUUGGGUCUUGGUGCAAUAUGCAGGCCUAUGUUGAUGGCGCGAAUCCAGGAUCUUCCGAUUGCCUUUUUCCGUACUGGGGUACCUUCUGCACACUUAUAUCUCCACAUUGCGAGAAGCAACAUACGGCGGAGAUAGACCGCUUCACCGGAAAGUGCAUCUGCAAAUAUGGUUGGCGAGGUUCCGAAUGUUCUGAACCGAUUUGUGCUAAUGGGAUGUUAGAUACAGCCACCGGAUACUGCCUCCAGUGCAAACAAGGCUGGAAGGGCGCUGCAUGCGAUGUUCCUCUCUGCCAAUUCGGAUUUAUCUGCAGAUCGGAUGGGAUGCGCAUAGACCAUUUCAGCGAAAAUGGUGCAUUACUUCCCUUCCCACCCAAACUUGUUGCGGUUGAGAGCUCAAAUGGGUGCUCAUAUGAGAGUGAUUACUUGAACAAAAACUUGUUGAAAAUGUGGAGGCUGCUCAGUGGUAGUACGGACAAUUUUAUCAUUCGCGCCCCACAGGAUGGGCGCUGCUCAGCAUGCUAUCAUCAACCGGAAACACAAAGUCACCAAAAAAAUUUGGGGGAGCCCCUUUUAGACAACAAAAACCAGGUUUUCAAUCCAUACUGUGAGUUGGAUGCAGAUGACUUGCCGUGUUAUCAUGGGCUUUGGGACCCCCAUCUUAAGCUUUGUGGGCCGUGCUUCCCGGGCUUUUGGGGGCCACUUUGCAAUGAGAGUUUUUGCGAGCAUUGGGAUAUUCUUUAUAUCAAAUGCGCCAAAUGCACCACGUUGAAAAGAUUUGGUUUGCUUUGCCAAUGGGUUUCACGCUGCGAGUGGGGCAUUCCAGAUCUAGAUUCAGGCUCCGGGGCUUGCUUGGAAGGAACGCCUUGCAGGCGCGAGGAUGCUUAUGGUCCUUUCUGCCAACUUGAAGCCUCUUCCUCUUCGGAAACAGAUGAGGCAUCUCCUCUUCAUUCGCUUAAAAAAAACUUCCAAAAUCGUGAGCUUGGUAUUUGCAAGGCCGGUUGGAGGGGCCCGUACUGCUGGGACUUGGCCUGCGAGCAUGGAUUGCCAAAUAUGAUGCAUCCGCUUCUCUAUUGCUACGAGGAAACGUGCAUAGCCGGAUGGACGGGACCAUAUUGCGACCAGCCAUUAAUUGUGCAGCCAAACCAGGUCCUAUUUCAGUCGAGUCUCCCAGAUCCGGAUAAAAUACCCUCACAGGUGCUGGAAACAGCACACUGGAUUGAAGCAUUGCUUAUGGAUCUACGUGCAGGCACAGCUAGCCUUUUUCCAGACUCUGGCGGGAAUAACAUUGUUUACCAUUCUACAGGCAGGAAGGAAAGAUUAGCGGCGCCCAUAUCUCCAAAUGCCCUUGUUAAAGGGUGGCUAUCGAUUGAAGCAAAAGUAUCCAAGGAAGACAGUCAAUGUCUCCAUCCAGCAAUGGCUAGAGCGCCUGGAUGUGAUUUUUCAUUGUGCUCCACACGUGGAGGUGUCCCUUUGACCUUAGCGCAACUGGCACUUGCCCAAAGUCAAGGAAAUGGUGUCCUUGACCCAGAGCCGGGUGUCGGGUGUCAAUGUAGGCCUGGAUUUAAGGGGCCUUACUGCGAAAAAUGGACGUGUGCCCACAUAUUGAAGAAGGUGUCCGAUAUGAGUUCCUCUGGGAACCUUAUCCCGCGGUAUUUUCCAGAAAAUCGUGAUGAGCUUGUUCAGGCGCUACUAGCAAUAGGUGAAUCAGCAACACUUUCAGCGAACGCCCUUGACCUAAUACAGAAUGUAGAUAGUCUCCUGCAAGCACUUGUCAGCCGUAUCCGGUUUCUCUCAAUGGAUGUGGUUCUUGAGGGUGAAAAGCUAAAACCGCUCAUUGAGGCAUCUAGUACCUCCUGGCUUUCCUGGAGAAAGGUAGCAAGCGAUGGGCGCAGCCUCUUAGAGUCCUUUCUUGAAGCUCUUAAACUCGAAGCUGGUGAAGCCCACAGCGCCUCCUCUGCCCUAUUGCAGCAUCGAAUGGCAAGUUUAGAACGGCGAGCAGAGGAUAUCCUGCCUGUAGGGUUCAUGCAUCUGCUUCGUGUGCUCGUUUUUUCGCAGCGGGAUCAAAAAACAGACCGCUUCGUCUUCAAACUCACGGAAUACCAUCUCACUAAAGUACUUUUUGAAGCGAUUCCAGAAGCACAGAGACGGAUCUUCCCCAUCGAUAAUUACAAUCAUUGGAAAAAAUCUCUCGAGGAAACUUUGCCUAGAUCAGAGAUCAUCUUACCAACAAGCUUUUCUCCGUUGCGAUGCUUGCCAGGCGGCAUACGGGUACAACGUAUCUCCGGUGCUAAAGAUCUUUUCAUGGUAACAGAGUCAGUAGUCGAACCUGAGGGUGUUAAGAGAAAAGUUCAGCAGAACCAUCUAGCUAUCAUCAGACGAAUCCUUCAACGAAAAGAGCUAUUAGAUCUGAACCCGAAUUUUUCCGAUGCGCUACUUGUUCCCAGCGAGAAUGACUUUGGGCAGUGUAGCUUUUGUUGGAAAUCCAGGGUUACGCAAGAACCGGAUGAUAUUCGUAAGGGCAUACUCGAGGUCGUUCAUGGAAAUCCAGAGCUGCCCUUCUGCAAAGAGACGAUAGAGGGUCCAUUAAUGAAGUCUUCCGAAAAAUCAGUUGUAGAUUCGUUCCGUAGGAUGGGGGUCCAGGUACCUGAGGAAAUGGCCUGUCCUCCUGGUUUUUAUGGGACGGGAUGUCAACGAACUUGGUGCUUAGAGUGGGAUCCUGAUAGUAGCAGGUGUCGGCGAUGUAGCCCAGGGCACCAUGGCCACCUCUGCCAAUGGAAAUCGAAUUGCAUACAUGGUGAUCUCGAUUUGGAGAGUGAACAAGGAUUAUGCAAGGUCGAUCAGGCCCUGAAUAGGCCCCGCUGCAACCCACCGUACUACUUUGGGCGGUUUUGUAAUGAAACACGAUGCAUUAUCCCCGCCCUGGGGAUCCAGGAUGGCUGCUCACAUGGCUGCCUGCCUGGCUGGCAGACAUUGCCAGUGCCGAACACCGGACUUGGCAACUAUUGCGACAUUCCAAUUUGCGUGCAUGGGAUUCCCGACCUUGAACAUGGAUAUUGCAAGGAGGGUUCUUGCAAUCCUUCUUUUUGGGGUGGCCAGGCCUGCGACAAGCCACGCAAAUGGUGCCCUGCUUCAAAUACCACUCAGAUAACGGACACUUUCGGGGUGGAAGUUCAACUGAAGCCGCCAUGGCGUCCAGGCUAUGCCACAAUCAUUGCCAGUCAUACUUGCGGUCAAUGCCCGCCAGGCUGGACUGGCGAUCUCUGCAAUUUACCCUUAUGCAUACACGGCUCUCCAGAUUUGGAGAAUGGCGGUUGUUACCGCUGUCACGAUGGCUGGUUGAAAAGUCUAACCUGUGAAGAAAUGGCUUGCAAGAAUGGAAUUUUUAACCCGAAGGCACUUAUUGAGGGGGGAUCUUCAAAACCUUCCCAAUGGCUUUGGAGAGAAUUCUCAUCCAAGGAAGAACCGCUCUGUCUUGCCUGCUUGGGAGAUUGGUCUGGGCCAGAUUGCUCGACUCCUGGAUGCAAUCCUGUUACAGAGAUGGAUCCACUCACACAAAAGUGCUUGCAAUGUCCCUUGGGGCGAUAUGGACCCAAAUGUACGCGCAUCGCACGAUGCAUACAUGGGAUCCUGGAUGAAAAUUCGCUCGAUGGUUCUUGCUUAAGUGGCUCGUGCCGCAUUGGCCAGGGGCGUUUCUGCGAUUCCUCUGUUUGUCAACACGGGCAGACAGAUCCCAGAACGCUUUUUUGUGCCUAUUGCUAUGACGGCUGGAUUUCAUCCGACCUAUCGAGACCGAGAUGUGAUAUCGCCAACUGCAAAAAUGGACGGAUGCUGCAAAAGAGCUACAGUAUUCACGCAUUUGAGUGCAUAUGUAUGCCUGGGUUUGAAGGGCCAGCGUGUGACUUAAAGGAGAAAAAUUCUGGGGCUGAUCACAAUUUGACGGCUCUCUGCCCUUUGCCCAAGUGCGACCCGAUACCCAUACUUGACUGUUUCGCGGCCCGAAAAAAAAGCGGCGAAAAUGAAACUACACUGAAUGUUGAAGCGAACGGAACCAGGGAAUUUCUAGGUCUCGAACCCACGGCCCAAAUCAUGGUGCGUGAGCGCAAGUGUGUCAAGCCGCCAGAAGGGUUCCCAAAGUCCGGUACCACUGCAAGCAUCAUCCGCAUUUUGAACUGGGUAAAAAAUUUCUCCUCAGAAUCUUCCAUGGGCAUCAGGUUUAAGGGUGACGACCCUCAUGAUGUCCAGGGUAACCACAAUUUCCUGAUUUUUGUCAUCAUCGUCCUUUUGGUGGUGAUCGCCGUACUUAUCAUUUACAUCUUUAUCUACUUGCAUCGAUGGCGCCGCAUAUACAAACUGGCGCUUUGGAUAGUUCGGCGCCUUUUCUGCUGCUUCCGCCGUAGAUCUCGCAGAAAUGGGAAUGCUAAAGAUGAAGAUGAAGAUAAAGAAAAAGAAAAAGAAAAAAUGCCGAUUCCCCAUCCAAACAUCAAACCGCGGCGAAACUCCAUCUCAACGCCGUACCGACUUGAAAAACGGCGUUUCCAUAUUGACUAA